CUCUAAAUCAAAACCACUUGUCAUAAACAGUGACUCACAUCAUUAUUUUAAUAAAUUCUCAUCUUUUGUUUUUAGUUUUCUUGCAAAAACAUAACAGAGAAGAACCCAAAACUAGAAAACGGAACAGAAGAAGAGAGCAAAACUUGGUGAUGUCAGCUUCCCGAUGGACGUUGAUGGAUCUACCGUCGUAUCUGUCGUCAUCGUGGGCAUUCCGGUGGCCGGAGGUGAAUCUUUCAUACCGGUGGCCGGUGAAUCUUUCAUACCUGAGCUCUGGUUGGAACAUGAGAUUGUUGUCGUUGUCGGGUAAUCUCUCCAUAAUCGAUGAUCUUUUGUGGAGUUUUGUCUCGAUCGUUGAAUCUUUAGCUAUCGUUACUACGAUCUGUUGCUUCUUCUUGUUUUGUGGUUGUACCCUUUAAUUCCUUCUUUUUUUUCAUUAUUUGAUUUUCUAUAUUUAGUUCCGAAUUUAUUAACCAAUUAAAAUCUCUGUAAAUAAAAUAAUCAAUGAAUUUCGGGACUUUUCUAGCA